AUGGCAUCUCAAGAACCACAACCAUUCCACUGGCGCUACCCAGAAUUGGACGACAGAGACUUACAAAUCCGAGGCCGUACCCUCUUCUCCAUCGUGGUCCUCGUCGCCUUCAUCCUCCUCAUCACACUCCUCUUCAUCUACGCCCGAUGGGUCUGCCGCCUCCGCCUCCUCCUCUCCGCCUCCUCCGACCUCCCUCACGCGCCGCCGUCUCAACCCCAACCCCAACCCCCCCAAGGUCUCCACCCCUCCACAAUCAACAGCUUCCCCAUCAUAUUGCACAACUCAUCAACAAUGAAGACAGUCGAUGAUUCCGAGUGUUGCAUAUGCCUUGGAAUAUUCCAAAAUGAAGACAAAGUAAAGGUGUUGCCAAAGUGUCACCAUUGUUAUCACUCCGACUGUGUUGACAGGUGGCUCACUGCUCACUCCAGUUGCCCACUCUGCCGAUCUUCUCUCCGAGCCGACUCUCCUGUUUGA